GACUGUUCAGAGUCCGCGCGCACGUCACAACACAGCAACCGACGAGACUUUGACUAAACAAACAAACCAGCGAUAUAUUCACCUGUUUUGUGACUUUUAACGAUAUUUACCGGUGUGUAUAGAAGAUGUCGUGUGGAGCAGCGGUCCAGAAACAAGUGCUCUUAAUAAUGGACGGUUUAGUCACGUCUAUAGUGGCAGAAAUCUGUCAACUCGAUAUUUUUCAGUCAGAACGUCGAAAUGGAAAUCUAGACACUGAUAUUAAAAUGAAUCUGACGGCUGCUGUCAGGAAAAUAGCAAACUCAACAGCUGAACACAUCUGCAGAGUCCUUCAUAAAGCAUCGAGUGGAUCAAGAAAAGAUCUUACACGACCGGAUCAAGUCAACCACACGGUAGAGCAGCAGUUUGCUGGGAGUGGAAGAUCACUGAACACUCAUAUCAAAGAUGAGGAACAUGUCAAAGGAGGAGAUCGGCAAGACUUCACCUCAGACGUUGUGUCGGGAAUCCAGGAAAGAUUGAAUUGCACCCUGUCUGGUGGACAUCUUCUUCAGACUGUUGAAGAAGAGCUGGAGUUUAGAUUUGAAGAAGUAUUUGUCCAUGAAGAGGAACAAGUAGAGUGUCAAUCUGCUGCUGUAGAUGAUACAAUGGAGCCCAAUGCAGAUGAAUCUGAAUCUGUAGAGCAUCAGAGAGAAGAGCAGUGGACCACUGAACCAAACUCUGAGGAUGAAUCAAAUGACAUUUCAGUAGAAUUAAACACACUGGAUGCACCCGACAUUAUCGAGACGGGAUUGGAUGUCCCAACAGACACCGCUGAAAAUGCUGCUGUAGAUGAUACAAUGGAGCCCAAUGCAGAUGAAUCUGAAUCUGUAGAGCAUCAAAGAGAAGAGCAGUGGACCACUGAACCAAACUCAAAUGACAUUUCAGUACAAUUAAACACACUGGCUCCACCUGACAUUAUCGAGAUGGGAUUGGACGUCCCAACAGACGCCGCUGAAACUGAAGCUGUAGAUGAAUCAAUGGAGCCCAAUGCAGAUGAAUCUGAAUCUGUAGAGUAUCAGAGAGAAGAGCAGUGGACCACUGAACCAAACUCAAAUGACAUUUCAGUACAGUUAAACACACUGGAUGCACCCGACAUUAUCGAGACAGGAUUGGACGUCCCAAUAGACGCCGCUGAAGAAGUGCAACCCAAUGCAAGCGAUGAGCAGAACAUAUGCAAAAUCUGCGGAAAGACCUUCACCCACCUCAACAACCUGAGAAGACACGAGCAGAAGCUCCACAGCGGAGAAACGCCUCACGCUUGCCAAGAGUGCGGAGAGCGUUUCGGCUCCAGACGCCUCCUCCAAAUCCACCGCAGAGAACACAAGGUGGAAAAACCUCACAAAUGCACGCUCUGCGACAAGUUGUUUCGCUUGCCCAACCACUUGAGGAAUCACAUGAUGAGUCACGAUGACCAGAGACCGUUCUCCUGCGCCACAUGUGGGAAGAGCUUCGCCUUGAUAAGCGUCCUCAGAGCUCACGAGCGAACGCAUGCUGGCGAGAAGACCUUUGUAUGCUUGCAAUGUGGUUCCAAGUUUCUCACCAAGUCUUACUUGGACUACCACCAGCGAGUUCACACUGGAGAAAAGCCAUACCUGUGCACACUGUGGGAAGAGCUUUGCCCAAAAGGGCAACCUCAAGGCACACGAAAGGCUUCACACGCGAACAGCCCUUCAGAUGCGAAGACUGUGGAAAAACCUUCGUACACGCCAACACCUUCAAAUCCCACAAGCAGCUCCACACGGGAGUCAAAGCUUUCUGCUGUGAGCUUUGUGGGAAGGGCUUUCGGCGAGGAACGCAUCUCAAGACUCAUCUACUGACGCAUUCCGGAGACAAACCCUUUAGUUGCGACGUAUGCGG